AUGUGCUCAUCCGAAGGAUCUCGCGACACCGUCCAGACAUCAUGCAAAGCGCUGUCAAAGCCAACAGCGACGCUUCUGACACCCGACGGCGGAGUGCUGGCCACACGCGUGCACUACGAGACACUCAACGACGCACUGUUUCUCCUCAAAGCGACACUGUUCGCGUCAGUGCUCUGUCUGCUGGCAUUUGUAAUACUCUCUCUGGCGUCAGCAAACGUAGACAUCCGGCUCGGCAUGCUGGCGGUGACGACAUACCCGAAGCUGCUGUUUUCAUCGCCCGUGUGGUCAUCGACCUCGGUGUUUGCCGCAAUCCAGGUUGUGUGGUUCCUGGUGUACUGCCUGUUUUCGCAUAUCAUCCGGCUGCACUUCAAUACUGCAGACCCGCCGCGCGACUGGGACGAUCGGAAUGGCGAAUGGUGUGUUGUGGAAUUGGAUGUGAGGCUUGGAAACAAGCCUACCGAGGUGGCGGAGUGCGAGGUGGAGCAGGAGGAUGGCGAGUUCCGAUCGGCGGCGGACCAGUGGAAGCUGUGUGUGCUGCCGACGCAGCAGCAGUCGCUGUUUGCGGGUGUGCCGGUGCAGAUUGCGCUGCUGACGCCCGAUCCCGAGCUGUUAGCGUGGAAGAGGAGAGAAAAGACGAGGCGAGCUGCGGGAUCGGCGUGA